AAAGAACUAAAAACUAAAAUAGUAAAACGAUUUUCUAUUUUUUCCGUGCUUUUAGUCGUAAAUGUAGUGUCUUGUAUUUUGUUAAACUACAAAGUAGAAUUUUGAAUAUAAUCAUUAUGUCUAAGGAUGACGAAUGACAAUACAAAUUUAUUAAACAUCAAUUUAUCAAAUAUUAAACAAAAUCUAAUGUUAUUUGUAAAAUUUAUGGCAUUUGUUUUAAACUGACUACUUAGAACUUCAAAAAAGAAAAAUAUACAUAUAUUUAUUUAAAAAUGUCGGGUAAAUAAAUUAUAUAUUUAUAUGUAAUAACAUAAAUAGAACAGUAAGUUUUUCAAAAACUAAAUGUAAAAUAAAAUUUACAGGAUCAAAGCGUUAUGGGUCUAGCUCAUCUUAUUCAUACAAUCCCCCAGUACCUGACCGAUGGAUUAAUUGCCCUCGUAAAUCUUUUACAACUAUAUCUGAAAAAUUUGUGGCAUUUAAAACUCCACUGGAUAGUAAAUAUGAUGAUCAAGUACCUGUUUUGAAUAGGUUCAAUACAGAAAUGUUAUUUUCAUCUAUGGCUAAUAUGAAGGUAUUGCAUCAUACUAUAUUUGUCUUUUAUUCUGUUGGUAACUGUUUAAAUAACUAAAUAUUUAAUACCUAAAAAUAAAAAUGAAUGAAUAGUCGAAUUUGGUUAGAACAUUAAUUUUUGUAAAACUCCAAUUAUUUAGAUAUAUUUAGUUCUUUAUUAUUAUUAUGAAAAGUUAUUUUGAUAGUUUGUAAAUAUAUUAAUAAUUAAAUAUAUAAAAUUGCUUUAGGUUAAUAUAGGUUUAUGGAUUGAUCUAACAAAAACCAGUCGGUAUUAUGAAAAGUCUGAAAUUGAAGAUAUGGAUUGUUCUUAUGUAAAACUCUCUUGUGGGGGUCACGAAAAUCCCCCUACUCGUGAACAAGCACAAUUAUUUGUAGAUAUUUGUUCAAAAUUUAUUAAGAAAAAUCCUUUGCAAUACAUUGGUAAGUAAUAUUAGAUUAAUUCAAUUUAUUAAAAAUAAUGUCUGAAAGAAUAGGAUGCAAGAGUAAUAUAAAUACACAUUUUUUUUUUUUUUUUUUAAAGCAAAAAUUCAUUGUCACAUUUAAAUAAUGAUAUAAAGUCUUAAAAUUAAUCUGCUUAAAUUCAUUCUUAAAUUUCUUCUAUUCAUUUUUACAGAUGUUGUGGUCUUAAUUACAUUUAUCUGAAAAUAUCCUAAAAUAACCUUUCCAUUGUACCCUUUUGAAGUUCAAUUAUACUCUAUGUACCUAUAGAUUACAUGAUUAAGAAACAAAAUUAUAUUGUCUUAUAUCACUACAAGUGUACCUAUUACAACAUGAUUGAUUUACCUUUAAAUGGGAAAGAAUGUAUAAAAUAAUCAUAUCGUUUUGGUGAAAAGAGUAUAGUUGGGUAUUUAAAAAGUUACUGGAUGAAUCUUUUCAUGGUUUUUCAUUUGCCAAAAAGAGUUAUGAACAAUAAAAAUUGUCCACUAUUGUAAAACUAAUAAUUUUCUUAAUUUAUAAACAAACUUUUAAAUAUUACAAAUAAUUCAUAACUCUUCUUUUUUACUAGGUGUCCAUUGUACUCAUGGUUUUAACCGGACAGGAUUCAUGAUAGCUACUUACUUAAUCGAAAUGUUUGAUUUUGAUGUAAAUAGUGCCAUAGCUCUAUUUGCAACAGCUAGGUAAAAUAUACAUUAUACUAUUAUCUAAGUAUAAAAUUGUUAAAUUAUAUGUAUACAUUAUAGACCUCCUGGAAUUUACAAACAGGAUUAUAUAAUUGAACUAUUUCAGCGCUACUCAGAUGAAGAACCUAUUAUGGCACCACAACUUCCAGAUUGGUGUUUAGGUAAUUAUUUUUAUUACAAAAAAAUAAUUUUGUUUUUCUCUUAUAAAAUACAAAUUUUUUAAAAAAAAUAUUAAUAUAAAAUACAUUUUCUUAUUAAGGUUUUUGUAUUUAUACAGUUAAUAAAUAUAUACAUAUUUUUUUACUUUUUGAUUAAAAUACUUUUCAAUAAAUUAAUAACAGUGACAUUGUUUACAAACAACCUUCAAUAUUGAACAGUUAAAAUUUUCUUAAAUAAUAGAUAUCAUAGAUAAGUAAUACGUUUCUGCAAAUAAUCAAACAUUUUAUACUUUUUAUUUAACUAAGGUUUCAUGAUAAACAUUUGGUAAUCAUUAAAUAAAUGGAAAAUUAACUUUAUCCAUUAUAGUAGUUUUAGAUAAAUUAGUCGACAAUUUUAGUUAAACAAUUCUUAGAGAUUUUUUUAAUUUGCUUUAGAAUCGCCAGAAGAAGACAAUCAUCAUUCAAAUAAACAUGAAUCUUCUUCCAAACACAAACAUGAUUAUAGAGAUCUGGAAUCUAAAGAUCGAAGAGAACAUGAACCGUAACUUGUUUUUAAUAUUUUCUCAACUUAAUUUGCUUUAUUAAUUAAUUGAAAUUGUAGGAAUAAGAGAUCAAGGAAUGAAAUGAAUAAUCGAAACCCAGUAUUUAUGGAAGGUGUAUCUGGUGUUACUGCUAUUUUUGAUCAACCCAGGUUAACAAAUAUUCAAAGAAGAGCUCAAGACUUGUGUAAAUGGAAAAAGUAAGAAUAUAAAAUGUUUUUUUCAUUAAAAUAAAAUGUUUAUGGAUGAUAGAUUGAUCUAUUAAAGAUACUUUAAUCCCAUAUUUUAAUAAAUUAUUUUUCAUUUGGAUGAUAAAAUAUUGAUCCAAAUUAUAUAACAAAAGUAAUAUCUCUUGUUUAAUGGAUGUGUACUAUUUUAAAUUUAGAACAGAGCAAAGGAUUAAUUUGUUUUACUAAUAUAUGUAUUUUUUUAUUCUAUUUAUUUAUUUAUUUAUUUUGUAAGUAAAAUGUAAUUUAGUCUUCUUUUUUUUAUGGUUUUAAUAUCAAAUACUGAAAAAAAUCUUAAAUAUUAGAGCGUUACAAAUUAUAUAUAAAUAAACUUUGCUCAGAAUUGUUAGCAAUGAUUUAUUGUUGCUUACAGAUAUAAUUUAAAUAACUUUAUGUACCUUACCUUUCCAACUUCCCACCUACAAGAGUGGUGCGUCAGCAGUGGCUCAUCAGCAAUAUCGGCUAUUUUUUAAAAUUUUAAUAUAUUUAAACACUUAAAUGCAAUAUAUUUUGUAAUUAAUAGAUCUGGAUUUCCUGGUUCACAGCCUGUUUCUAUGGAUAUUAAUAAUAUGAAAUUAUUACAUACAAAACCUUACCGUGUAACAUGGAAAGCUGAUGGUACUAGGUAAGACAUUACCAAUUGUUUUUUUUUAUUACCUUUUUAAAACAUGCAUGACAAAAUGUAAUUUAUGAAUAAUCGUAUUAAAUAUCUUAUACUUAAUAGGUACAUGAUGUAUAUUCAAGGUGAAAAUGAGAUAUACUUCCUCGACAGAGACAACAGUGUAUUUGAAGUAGAGGGUUUAAAAUUUUUACAUAGAAAGAAUCUUGAUCAUCAUUUAAAAGAUACUUUAUUAGACGGUGUAAUAACUUUUAAAAUUAAGAAUUCUAGAUUUUGUAUAACUAUAAACCAAAAUAUUGAAUUAUUUUAGGAAAUGAUUAUUGACAAAGUUGAUGGCCAAAACAUACCUCGGUAUCUAGUAUAUGAUGUAAUUGCAUAUGAAGGUUUUGAUAUUGGUAAAGAACCAUUUUAUCCAAACAGAUUGAUGCUAAUUGAAGUUAGUAUAUACAAUAUUAAAUUGACAAUUGAUUUUUUAUAAUAUAAUCUUAUAAGUGUAUUGAACUCAACAAAUUAAAUUUGAUUUUUAAUAUACUAAUAAAUAUAUUAAUUGAUAAAAUAUGAUUUCAGGUUGAUAUAAUAAAACCAAGACACCAGGCUAUUAUGACUGGUCGUUUAGAUAAAACUCAAGAACCAUUCAGUAUUCGUUUAAAACAGUUUUAUGAUAUUAAUGCAUCUGAUAAACUUCUUGGCAAUUUUAGUAAAAAUUUAUCUCAUGAACCUGAUGGUCUCAUAUUCCAGCCAUCAACUGACGUACUAUUUUAUAUGUCCCUAUAAUAUUUAUAAUGGAAUUGUUUCUGUGUAACUAAACUUAUGAUUAAUAUUAUAUAGCCUUAUGUAGCUGGUACGUGUCCUGAAGUACUGAAAUGGAAACCAUUAGAACUGAAUUCUGUUGAUUUUAGACUUAAAAUUGUUACUGAAGGUGGAACAGGGUAUGAUUGAUAUGUGUAUUAUAUCUCAAAACAAAUACAUUUCUAACAAAUUGAAAAUUUCAGAAUAUUGGAAUCAAAAGUUGGAUAUUUAUAUGUAGGUGGAAGAAAUGAUCCAUUUGCCAGAAUGAAAUACACUAAAGAUUUAAAGAACAUGGAUGGGAAAAUAAUUGAAUGUAAAUUUGAAAACGGAAGUUGGAAAUUUAUGCGAGAGCGAACAGACAAAUCAUUUCCCAAUGCUCUAAAAACUGCAAAAGGUUUUUAUUAUUGUUACAGUAAAACUUCCAUUCACUUUGUGUAACGGUUAUCUUUUUUGAUCCUGUUAAGUGUUAUAUAGUUUUAUAUAAGUGUUGUUUCUACAGAAAACCUCUAAAGGACGGUCACUUUUAAAUAGCUGUCAUUAUUUCCGGUAUCUUCGGUGACAUAGAAGUUAAACUGUAUUUGUUUGAAUCCUACGAUUGGUUUAAAAAUGAUAAUUAAUGUUUAUGUUUUCCUCCAUAUUUUAUUCCUUUCACUUAUAGUUCUUUUAAGCUCCGUAUAUGUUCUUAUUCUAUUGUUAUUUUAUCUCUUACUUUAUGAAAGGUGUUUAGGCUUCCCCUUCUUUGUUUAUCUUCUGUUAUUGUGGUUAUCCAAGCGCUAUUCCUCACUCAGUGUCCAAUCCACGUUUUUCAUUUCAUUUUUAGUGAAUUCCUAAUCAUUGCUAUUUUUAAUGAUGUAAAUAAUUUUCAUUAAAUAUAAACAAAUUUUGUUUUCAGCUAUUUGCCACAGCAUCGAAACUCCUGUUACUAAAGAUAUUCUCUUAAAAUAUAUACAACAAGCAAAACAUAGACAAUAACACAUAAUGUAUUGCAAUUAUAAUAAUUGCUUCAUGAUAAUUUUCUUCAUGUA